CACGCCCACCCGCCCUCUUCCUCCUCUGUCCCAAACUUGUCUGGUCGGGAGACUUUUUUUUGUUUCCCCCUCCAUCGCAGAACGCUUCUGUCUGAUUCAAAUAAUGUCCUUGCGUGACAAAAGCGACGAGGAGCUCAGCAAGUUGCUUACCGACUACGGCAUCAAACACGGACCCAUAGUUGACUCCACUCGCAAGUUGUAUGCGAAGAAGCUUGAGAAGGCCAUGGAACAACUGCCAGUGAAACCCUCCUCUGAUAAGACUUACUACAGAGAGGAAGAAGAGGAAAUUACCUACGUCACGUACCGCAGCCCUGUCAAACAUGAACGUUAUGAAGACAUGCUGAAAAGGAGAUACAACAGCGAACCGCUUGAAGAUGAGGCAUCAGACGGAGAGACACAGCCCAUCCAGCGUAGGACUAGAACAGCCAAUCAAAACGCUGAGCACUCCAAGAAGGCGGUCCGGUCUGGAUGCAGCGUGUGGAGAGUGAUCAGAAUGCUACUGCUGCUAGCGGUGUUAGCAGCUGCCUACUACACCUAUUGUCACAUGACCAAAGACGAAAAUCCUUUCAAGCUUCAAUAAUCAAUAAACCGCCACUUCUAGGAUGCCAUGUCAUUUCCUUAACUUA